AUGCCUCCGCAGGUAGGUUUGGAUGAGGAGGAGAAGAAGGACUUUUUGAAGGUUUUGGAUGAGGUGGUGAGGAUCAUCCCAAGAACUAAGAAAAUUUUCAUGGGAGGAGAUUUUAAUGGGAAUUUUGGGUCUUUGUCGAGAGGUUAUGAUGAUGUGUAUGGCGGUUUUGGUUUUCCAGAGCGGAAUGAAGAAGAAGCUUCUCUUUUGGAUUUUUCUAGGACUUUUAGGUUGUGGAUAGCAAAUUCAAACUUUUCUAAUAAGGAGGAACACCUUAUUAUAUUCUAUAAGUCUAAGAAGGUGUCUUAUGCUAAGUUUGUUAAGAGCAAGGAUGAUGAGGAAAGACAGACGGAUAAGGAGGAGUAUAAGGUAGCUAGAAGAGAGGCUAAGUUAGAGGUUACGACGACUAAGACAAUAUUUUUUGAGAGCUUAUAUGCGGCUUUAGAGAGGAAAGACAAGGAUAAGAAGUUUUAUAGGCUUACCAAGGCCAGAAAGUAG